AAACUUGUUUCAGUUGUUUUCCAACCUUGGAGAAGAUAAUAUUGGUGACGGUCCUACAGUUAGUCAGCAUUGGUAUUUUAGGGUACAUGUGCAUUCGACACAUUUAAAUAAAUAAAGUUAUAGUUAUUAUAUAUUGACAGCUUACACUUCCUACUUUGCAUUCUUAAAUUAUGAAAAAAUUAAUUCGAAAUGCAGUCCUCUUAAUUGCAUUGUGGGUUGAUCUAAUUGCGUCCACAUCAACCCUAUUAGUAUCAUCACCAGUGAUUGAACUAUCUGAUGGAAUGAUUCGUGGUUCCACUGCAAUUUCUCGGCAAGGAAAACAAUACUCUCAAUUUUUGGGGAUUCGUUAUGCACAGCCACCGAUCGGGAGCCUUAGAUUCGAGCCUCCUGAGCGACCAGAUAAAUGGACAGGUGUAAUGGACACGACUCGUUGUAAACCAGAGUGCCUGCAGUACGAUGCCAUGUUUCUCAAAAGAAUUAAAGGAGUUGAGGAUUGUCUGUAUUUAAAUGUCUACUCGCCAAAUAUACUUAACUCAAACUCCACUCGUGAGGAACAAGCGUCAUUACCUGUUUUCGUUUUUUUGCAUGGAGGUGGAUUUUUUAGCGGAAAUCCAAGGAUGUAUGAUGGGAAAUAUUUUAUGGAUGAAAACGUGGUUUUGGUGGUAGUAUGGUAUCGGCUCUCUAGCUUUGGGUUUCUAAGUACAGGGGAUGAUGUAAUACGUGGAAACAUGGGGCUGAAGGAUCAAAAUUUAUCUCUCCAAUGGGUUCAGGAGAACAUUGCAAAAUUCGGAGGAAAUCCGAAUUUGGUUGUACUUUUCGGUGAGAGCAGCGGUGCGGCUUCAGUUCAUUUGCAUAUGUUGUCCCCCAUGUCGAAAGGUUUGUUUCAUCGGGCAAUAUCUCAAACCGGAAGUUCGUUAAGACGCUAUCCUAACACUGUCAAUUUGGAAGAUCAAGCUCGAAGUUUAGCUAAAAGAGUUGGUUGCACAGAGGAAACCACAACGAGGGAAAUUGCAGAUUGUCUUAAAAAAGUGGAUGCAUUAAAGAUUGUCGAAACUCACAGGGAUGUACAAGAUACACUUCGUAGCGAUUAUUCCGUGUACGGGCCAAUCGUUGAACAAGUGAAAGAUGAAAAAGCGUUUUUAACUGAAGAACCAGAAACUUUGUUGAAGGAAGGAAAUUUUAAUCACGUUCCUUGGAUAUCAGGAAUUAAUUCAGCUGAUGGCAUUAUCUUUGCCAAUGGAUACACCAAGGACCGAUCCACAGUUGCAAAAUUGGAUUCGAUCGACGGAUGGAGGGCUCAUCUCUCGAGACUCUUGAGAUACGACGAUGACAACUUAGAAAAGAGCAUUUCAGUUGCCGACAGAAUUCGAAAAUUUUACUUUGGUGACGACGGGUUGCCCUCUGAUCCACGAUAUUUUCAAAAUUUAACAAACAUGUUUUCAGACAGAAUGUACUUUCUGCCAACUUACAAUACCGUGCAAUUGCAGGCAUCUCAAUCUCCUGUGUAUUUAUACUAUUUUGAUUAUAAAACAAUGGGAUCAGUUUUCAAAGUCGUAGAUGCUGUUCAACUCGCCAUAAUUCCUGCAGAAAUACAGAUUGCUCGUUACUUUGUGAAAACUUGGAUUAAUGAGAACAUUUUGGGAGUACAACCACCUUCCUACGGGGCUGCACACGGAGACGAGUUAUUUCUAUUGUUCAAUCUUAAUGUUUUCUUGGAGGCCAGACAAGGAAGUAUUGAUUACGAUGCAUCUCGAGUCAUGGUCAAAGCAUGGACUGAUUUUGCCAAAGGAGAUAAAGUGUUUUACGAUGGGGUCUACUGGCCAGCUGUGGACCUCAGCUCAAACUCUCCCUUGAAAUAUUUACGGAUCGCAAACAAUUCGACAACGAUUAUUGAUGACCCAAUUGAAGAGAGAAUGAAAUUUUGGAAAUCCUUGGACUUAACGUUUUUGGGAAAUAAGCUUUAAAAAAUUGAAUCCACCUCUUAACUUUUAUUUAUAUUAUUUGUUUAAUAUAUUUAAGUAGUUUAGAUGUACUCGCUUACAUACCCAUCGAGUCUUUCAUAUAAGCAAAGAAUGAUAAGUUUGACAAACUCGCAAUGCUCAUCUAUUACAUAAAAUAACUAUUACAAUUAAAAAUCCGAGUAAACAAAUCAUACCAAACCAAUAA